ACGCCGGUGAAAGAAAAACAGAUAGAUUGUUUCGUUUGUUUUACUGCAAAUUCGAGGUCAAUGAAGCUGAAUGGUCGUAAAUCCACCAACGAAAAUUUUAUGAGUAAGCUUGAUGUAGUUUUAGGGGACAAUAACAAUUUACAAGAUCUAAUAAACAUCUCAGAGACUUCGUUUUGUCGGAACUGUUACAAAAAAAUUGAGCAGACAUACGAAUUUUUGUUAUUGGCACUGUUGAAGGAGGCAACAUCAUGUGAGGAUGACUUUUCAAAACAGCUUCAAGAAGUUAGAUUACAGUCGGCUUCUUUGACAUCCAGGACAGCAAGUUUUGGUUCAGUACUGUAUAAGUAUCGGGACAUAAGCAGGUUGGAAGAGAAUGCAGAUCAUUUCCUUGAUGAGAUAAUAGAAGAAAUGAUACAAAGAGUGAUUGCCUUGAUGAAAUCUAGGUCGAUUUUGAAUAUGGCCGUACCUGCUAAUGAAAAUAUGAAACAGUCCAUUAUACCCGCUAUAGCUAGUGCAUACAGUAUUCUCAUGAAGCACAAGUAUGACAAUCUUUCAGCAUAUCAUAGGUCGACAACUAUCAUUGCUGUAAGAGGCGGCCUCGAAGAGAGAGUAAGUUGA